AUGGCGGGCACGGGGCCCGUCCCGGCGCUGCUCCCGCGCGCUUCCACGGGAGCGCUGAGAGAAGGAGCUUGGAGAAGUGAAUCCCUGGUGGUUUGUGAUGUUGCUGAAGACCUGGUGGAGAAACUGAGAAAAUUCCGGUUUCGUAAAGAAACCAACAAUGCUGCCAUUAUAAUGAAAAUCGACAAGGAUAAACAGCUGGUGGUACUGGAUGAGGAGCAUGAGGGUAUCUCUCCUGAUGAGCUAAAAGACGAGCUGCCCGAGAGACAACCUCGAUUCAUUGUGUAUAGUUACAAGUAUCAGCACGAUGAUGGAAGAGUUUCUUACCCGUUGUGCUUUAUCUUCUCCAGUCCAGUUGGUGAGUAAAUAUUGUGAAUGAUAUCU